UGCAGCCCUCAUUCUGUCCCGGUACAGCCCGGCCCGACCAUGCCGCUGCCCCGUGUCCCGCUCCGCGCCGCGCUGCUGCUGCUGCUGCUCGGCCUCCUCCUGCGAGCCGCGGCCGCCGAGUCGGUCAGAGAAACUGAGACCAUGGAUGCUGGAUGGCUUGACUACCCUGCCUCUGGGGACUUGCCAGAUGAUGAAGACAUUGGUGAAUUCAGGCCUCACUUCACUGCUGAUGGGUUGGAUAUAGAUGAGUCAUCUGGGUCUGGAGACUACUCGGACUCUGAAGAAGGCAUAUAUCUGACCACCAUGGAUACUCCUCUGAUAUCUGACAACUAUAUCCCUGGAGAUACUGGGAGAAAGAUAGAAGGUGAGAAGAAAAACACGAUGGUGGACAAUGAAAUCAUUCCAGACAAAGCUGUACCUGUCGAAGAGAACCUGUCCAACAAGAUCUCCAUGGCAAGCACAGCCAACAGCAGCAUCUUUGAAAGAACAGAAGUCCUUACAGCCCUCAUUGCAGGAGGAGCAGUGGGCCUCCUGUUUGCCAUCUUCCUGAUCCUCCUCUUGGUCUACCGCAUGAAGAAAAAGGACGAGGGCAGUUACGACCUGGGGAAGAAACCCAUCUACAAGAAAGCCCCCUCAAACGAGUUCUAUGCUUAAAGCUCAAUCACAAUGGACAAACAAACUGUAUGGAAACACUGUGCCCUCAGAUGAGAUGUGCUGAACAAAUGCUCUUUUUGGAUUGAAUUUCAAAGUGACUUUGAGAGAAAAAAAAAAACAAAACACAACAACAAACUUCCUUCGUGACCCUUCCCAUCCCGCUCAGCUAACAAGGGCCCAAUGAAAUACAAAGAGUCUGAAAAAAAACAAACAAAACAAAACAACCUCAGUGUAUUUUUUUUUUUCCCAAGCUAGUGUAAAAAGAAUAAAGAUGCCAAAU